GGCGGCCAUGUUUUCCUAAACACAAACAACAAGAGGAGCAGCGACUAGCAGGCAGCAGCAUACACACACAAACACACACACAGAGAUCACGCAGCGGCGACCGUUGGAUGCGACCUCGAACAAAAACCAAGCGCAUCGAGCACGGCAGCGCGGCUUUCCGUCGAAUGAAUAACGUUUCCGGUGUUCGGAGAGACCAAAUUGCACGCAGUGGAUCGGCGGUCGACAGCCGGGUGGUUCAUAAACAAGUGAAGUGGCGCUGAGGACAGGAAGAUAAGGAAUUACCUGGAGGGUUUCUGCCUGUCCACAUUUAAGUUGGAGCAAGCGGAAAGGGCGCCAAGGGAAGGAAAGGAGGGAGGGAACGGCGAAGAGGAGUGUAGGUCGUGUUUGCUCCCGGCAGCUGCUCCAGCAGCCUGUUUUUGUUGUGUUUUUUUUUUUUUUUACAUGAUUCUUCAAAUGUCCUUGCGUUCCUUUUUUUAACGCACCGUUUCAUGUUAUAACCUUAAAUGUGAGGUCUAACUGCUGUAAAAACAUAACAGAGAGGAGACAUUACUGGCAAGUGUUGUUUUUUUUUGUUCCAUUGAGAAUUUCCAAGGUUGUUUUUGUUUUCGAUGUUUUACAAACUUAAUCGGCUGUGAGUAGCAGGAGCUUCCAUUCUCCAAUCUGUUGUUGUCAAAGCCCUUCCUUACAUACCGAACUGAUAACCUGGUAUCCCUCAAGCACCUACAACUGGCAGCUAUUCUUGUGGAUGUGUUUUUUUUUUUGUGGGGGGGGAACCCUGUGACCACAGCUUAAACACCACUCGGCCUUCUAGUCACCCAAGCCUAACUAAACCCAGCCAGCUCUAGCCUGGUCCAGCCCAGUCCAGCCUGCUCCGAUAUCUUUGGACAGGAUACUCAGUUCUGUGCGGACGUGAGGAAUAUGACUGCUGAGACUCUCAACUUCGGCCCAGAAUGGCUCCGUGCACUGUCCAGUGGGGGGAGUGUGACGUCCCCCCCUCCCUCCCCUGCCAUGCCAAAGUACAAGCUGGCCGACUACCGCUACGGCCGAGAGGAGAUGUUAGCACUUUAUAUCAAAGACAACAAGGUCCCAGAGGACAUGCAGGAUAAGGAGUUUGCUGCUAUUCUGCAAGAUGAGCCCAUGCAGCCGCUGGCACUGGUGCCUCUCACUGAGGAGGAGCAGAGGAACUUCUCCAUGUCUGUGAACAGCGUGGCCGUACUGAGACUCAUGGGAAAGGGGAUGGGCGGGCCUCCCCCGGCCGGAGUUACUCGAGGACGAGGCGCCCCGAGAGUCGGCAGAGGCCGGGGCCGCGGUGAAGGUGGAUUCUACCAAAGAAGUAUUGAAGAUGUGGAGGUGGGUUUUGGUCGCAGCUCACGAGAGAUACAUCGUAGCCAGAGCUGGGACGAUCGGGGUGAGCGUCGAUUUGAGAAGCCGCUCCGACGGGAGGUGGGGCGUCCUGGUUUUGAGGAGGGCCCCGUGGGCCCUGGGAGGAAGGAGUACACAAGGGCUGACAGUGAUAACUGGCGCACCCUUCGGGAGGAGCAAGAAGCAGAGGAGGGGGAGCCAGGAACCAAUUGGAGACAGGCUGGACCCCGCAGGGACGAUGGUGGUCCGCGCUCAGCAGGCUGGCGGGACCAUGCUGGUCCGGGUGAGAGUCGCCGUCGCAAGUUUGACUUCGACUUCCGGGACUCAGAGGGGCACGGUGGUGGACGGCGGCGUGCCGGUAGCGAGGGGCUGGAGGAUGACCGGGACGGCUUGCCUGAGUGGUGUACUGAUGAGGAGGAUGGGGAAAUGGGAACUUUUGACUCCUCUGGAGCAUUCAUGCCAAUGAAGAAGGGUGGCAAAGAUGCCAUCCUGGAGGAGGAAUUAGAAUUCAAGGGAAUUGAGGAGGAAGAAGAGGAGGAAAUUCUUGCUGAGAUUGAGAGGAACUCUGGUGAUGGCGACAAUGACAAAGAAAGUAAAGAAUCCACCUCGACUGCGGUUGACGGGGAGGCAAAACCAGCAUCACCUACUUCCUCCCCUCGUAGCCAUGGUGCCCCUCCAUCCCUUGAGCUCCAGCCCAGCAGCACUGGCCCAAUGGUGGAUAACACUCCGCUGAGCAACAGCCACCCUUUAAAGGACAGUAGCACACCAAGUGAAGAUGUGGCUCUAGUGAGUGGAACCAAAACCCAGGCGAGCCCCAACACUGCCACCUCCACAACUUUGCCUCCGCCGCCUCCAUCUUCUGCUGCUCCCCUCCUCCCCCCAUCCGGGGGAGGAGACAUUGAGGAUGAUGAGGGCAUGAAACACCUGCAGCAGGAGGCAGAGAAGAUGGUGGCAUCGCUGCAGGACACCUCUUUAGAGGAGGAGUGUUUUACGCAGGCUCUGCAGCAGCAGCAGGAAAGUAGGAACACUGCAGCUGCUCUGCCGCUUUCGCACGAGGCCUCCAUGAAGUGGUUCUACAAAGACCCACAAGGAGAGAUCCAGGGUCCUUUCACCACUGUGGAGAUGUGUGAGUGGUUCCAAGCUGGCUACUUCACCAUGACACUCUUGGUGAAGCGGGGCUGCGACGAGGGCUUCCAACCCCUGGGCGAUGUCAUCAAGAUGUGGGGCCGUGUGCCCUUCGCCCCGGGGCCCUCCCCUCCGCCCCUCCUGGUGAGACAGCCACCACCAACGCAGCGCCCGCAGCCCACCCGGGGGCCCGCCGGGACUGUGAGUCAGAGCUCAGCCAACAUAGAAGAUGGGAAGGGGUGGAUGCAGAAGGGAGGGAAGAUGGAUAGACAGGGCACGGGGAACCUGGACCAGGAGCGGCUCAAAAAACAGCAGGAGUUGGCAGCGGCAGCUCUUUAUCAGCAGCUCCAACAGCAGCAGUUAUUCCAGCUCAUUAACAGGUGCAGUGAGCAGAGUAUGAUGCCUUCGAUGAACAGGUCGAUGUCAGUGCCAGAUACAGGGUCCAUGUGGGACAUGCAUACCUCAGCUUCACAGCCGUCAGGUGGUGAAGCCAGUCUUUGGGACAUAACAAUGAAUCCUUCUACUCAGGGUCCAACUCUGGAACAGCUUCAAAAGCUGCAGGAGAGGCGAGACGCUGAACUCAGGGCGAAGCGUGAGGAAGAGGAGCAGCGUAAGAGGAGGGAGGAGAAGAGGAGGCAGCAGGAGGAACAAAAGAGAAGGGAGGAUGAAGAACUCUUCAGACGCAAGCAGUGUCGUCAGCAGCAGGAGCUAAUCAUGAAGCUGCUGCAGCAGGGCCCCCAGCAGGGCCCCGGUGCUGGCAGCUCAAGCUGGAGUGGAGCUUCCUCCUCUGGACUCUCCAAGACGGGGAAAUCCCAAACUCUCACUCUGCUGGAGAUGCAGCAAGAGACCGAAAGACUCUUAAAGCAGCAGCAGCAACAGCGAGCCCAGCAGCAGAGGGACCGGCACUCUUGUCUAUCCAUGGGGAGUGCCUCCAUCGGAGGCCAGUGGGCGGAUGGCAUUGGCAUUUGGGGCGGGCCUGGUGGCAUGGAAGGCAAAAGUGGCAGUAGCGGCAUGGGCAUGUGGGAGGAGGCUGUGAAGAACCAGGCCAGCCUCCGUGGCAACAGCAACAACAACCUCGGCUUAAAGAACAGCCGCAGCAGCCCCUCACUCAGCGAUCAGUACAUGAUGCGUCGUAAGCGGACAGACGAGGAGGAGAAGCUGCUGAAGCUCUUGCAGGGCAUGAAGCCUCAGGACGGCUUCACUACCUGGUGUGAGCAGAUGCUGCAUGCCCUCAACGCCUCUGCCAACAACUCCUCUUCUCCUCUGGAUGUUUCUACGAUUGUGACUUACCUGAAGGAGGUGGAGUCUCCCUAUGCAGUGUUGGACUUCAUUCGGUCUUACCUGGGGGACACAGUGGAAGCCAAAGAGUUCGCCAAACAGUUCCUGGAGCGACGUGCCAAACAGAAAGCCAACCAACAGAGACAGCAGCAGCAGUUAUCAAAGGAAGUGGCUGGUCUGAACAUGAACUUCCCUCUGCAGGACUCCAUGCGAGGUAUGAACCCAAGCUCCCUGCAGUCUAUGUUCCAGGCCAACCACAUGGGAAAGGCCAGUCUCUAUGACAACCAAGGAGGGAAGAUGAAAAAAAAACAGCCCAUGAUGCUGCACCCUGAUCCCAGCAUCUUAGGCUACUCAUUCCAUAAUACGGCCGAGUGUCUGAGCCUGAAUGAAAUGGAGAUGGUGGAGGAUUACUGAUGUGACGCAGCGCAGCAGCAAUAGCUACCUGAGGCCUUCUGUCUUUUAAUCAGACAAACCUGAUGACGAAUGUGCACUGCUGGGGGAACCUGGGGAUGGGGAUUUUGGGAAGGAAGGGAGCAAGCCUGAGAGGAGGUGCAGCGUGAUCGGGUGGUUGCAGGGGCGUGUGGCGAGGGCCGCUCCCUCCCGACACCUACUUCUCUUGUUAUGGUUAUGAUAAAAAUGGGGCUCCUUGCUGCACCAGUUGAUCACUUGAGCAGGGCCAAAGGGGGAGGGGGGGUGUUUCAAAGAAAGGUGGGUAUCCUCUGGCACUCAACAUUUUAAGCACCUUAUAAUGAACUAAUGCACUUUAAUGAGAUGGGAUUUGAAUGAUUUUUUUUUUUGUGUGUGUGCGCGCAUGCUCAGAAUCAGUGUCCACCACACCCAGUAUGUGUGUGUGAACACAGUCUGUGUGCAUCGCAACUGGAAGUGUAGGGAGGGAGAGCGUCGGGUGAGCUUUUCAAAGUUGGGGACCUUUAAGUUGAGAGCAAAUCCUUUUCUCGAAAGACAAAACACUGUUGAUAUUUCUUGUUUUGCAUUUUUUUACGUUUAUAUAAAAAAGUAAAGCUAUUGAAAAACGGAUCAUAAAAAACUUGAAGAUUUGCACUUGCCUAAAAAAAGACAUGAUAAAAACAAAAAAAAAUGGGGGUUAGUUGUAGAAGUGGAUAUUUUUGUGAAUGUGUGUGAAUGACUGAUGUGUGAUGAUUGGUUCUUGUCAGUAAUAUACCAGUCUGCACAAUGUCUUUCUUUUCUUUUGUUUUUUUUUAAGUUGCUUACCAAUAUGUGUGCGACAUAAGAGGCCAUUUUUGACUUUUUAAUUUUUUUUUUAUUUUGUACCUUCAUGUUUGUGUGCUGUAUGUGGUUGAGUUAGAGAAAGAGAGAGGGUAAUUGCACAACACAUCCUUUCUCUCACCUUCCUCUUAACCCCAUUUAGGCGAUAAUGAAAUGCAUACACUUGUAAAAUGUCAGCUUUGUGCUCAUCACAUGAUGGCCACCGCAAGUUCAUCUCCUUUGGUUGCGUUCGGAUGCGAGGCGAAUCACAGGAGACCGCGUUCUGUGUGUGUUUUGUGCGUGUGUGUUUUCAUUCACUGUUGAUAGAAAUGAGACAAGACUACAGGUACUCAUUUUGAAUACAUGUGCUUUUUUUGUGUAUGAAUGCACAUUUGUGCCUAUGAACUUGGAUCGGGUGCAUGGCCAUUAAGACAUUAGCUCUUUUUUGAGAGUGAGUGUGACGUGUCAGUGCUCAGCACAGUGUAUGUAAAGUGUGUACGUUCUUUUGAUAUAAAUCUAUAUCGUAAAUGUUUCUAGUUUGGUCGAGGGGUGAUCCAUCGGAAGGUUAGUGCGUUACUUUUCAUGGGGUGUGAUCACGUUGCCUUUUGUCAGCUCUCGAACUUGUGAAUGAAAGGUGUCGAGUUUUUGACUCUUGAGAAAAACGAUAGAGCAUCUUAAUGUGCAGGUGCACAUCACGGUGCAUGUCAUGUUAGCAUUGUGUUACUUGUUCGUUGUUGCAAUUUGAUAAUGACGAGUUUUCUUUUUUAUGAGAAAUAUAUAUGAACAUAUACAUUAUAUACAAAGUUUAAAAAAGUAUUUGGACUAAGAUAAUGAGCACUUCGGGCUGCUAUUUUUGUUGGGUUUUUUUUCUUAAUUUUUUUGUUUCAUUGUCACCAUGUGAAGUGUGUUUGUUUCUUAAGAAAAUAUUGAAUGUAUUCCAAAAAAUGACAAGAAACACGUGCUGAUAUUUUUUUCCUCAGAAGAUUUCAAAAAUGGAAAGAAAAUACAAAAAAGCUUCAAAGAUUUUUUCUUUUAUUUUAGUAGACAGUGGAGGAGGAAAAAAAUAACUGGGAUAGAUACAGUUGAACACACUGCCUCUAUAAUCCUGGUCGACAAAUGGUGACUAAGAAUUUAAAGAAAGGACUAUUUCUAUUCCAUACUGGAUUUUUGUUUGUUUACAAACCACAUGGAUAUCCGUGGGUGCAUUUUUUUUUUUUUUGGAUCAUCUUUUUUCAUUUAUUUUCCAUGUUAAGUGGUUGGGGUUUGAAAGUGCGCUUCUGCCAUAUGGAUAUUGAGUGCUGUUGGUUUUUGAGGAAACAUGGACAUAAGACAAAUCCUCCCAACUGGAGCUUUUUGGGACUGCCGUGGAUCCUGAAAUGUGGAGCGGAAUGGGGAAAUCCCAGGAUUGGUCUCCAUUGUGUUUUUUUUUUGUUUGUUUUUUUUUUUUUACGUGUGGAAUGGAGUGCGGGCGACACCAGUUGGAGAAGGUAUUGAGAGGCAAUACGAGUUUUGGGCUCAGUCCUCGCCAGCACUCACCCUGCCCUCACCAACUCACCUAUGCACUUUUGUUCAAUUCAAGCUGUGAGGUACCAUUUUUGGAGGGAUGGGAGCACAACGGGAGGAAAUAUAUUCCUAAAAUGAACCGUAAGACUGGAGUCUCCUGUACAUAGCAUAUUUUUGUAUCACCUGUCAGAAUGGACGGAGAGACAACUUGCAAACAGAUGAAGGAAAAGUCAUGAUGGAGUGAAUGUUUUAGAGAAACAACUUUUUUGAAAAAAAAAAAAUCAAAUUUUUUUUUUAGACUUUUCCCAUGUCAGUUAUUGGAUGGGGGAAGGAAAGAACAGAACCGAGCAGCUCCAGGACUCUUAGUAAAAUGGAUGUUGCAGUGGCCACAAGAUUGUUUUCGAGGACAGAGAUUUUUGAAUUUUGUUUUUGUGGCGUUGUCGCUGAUGCUGACUAUCCUGAGAGUGACCACGUGAGGGGGAACCUUUGGUUCUGGAGCGUGGCUGUGCUUGCUGCCCUCUGCAAAGAGGAUCUAAUCCACGGUCAACCUGUCGACAAACCCAUAGCGGCCUCCUGCAUGGACCAGCGUGGUGCCACGAUGACACCAGAAGCUGCAGGAAUCCAUCAAGAUUUGACCUUGACCUUGACACGAUGUCACCGACCUCGACCUUGGCUGGUCCUGAGGUUUUCCUAACCUAGCGGCACCAGUCUGGACAGCAAGGACAGAGCCGGGGUUGGUUCUAAGCGAACGAGAAGCCAACAUGAAGCCGUGGGUUUGGUUGGACUGAAGACUUGUACAAAAAAACAAACGAAAAAAAGAAACAAACUUUGACACAUGCUCAUACCUACACAUAACUCCGCGCCACAUAGAUUCCAAAGGAGUUAGAGAAACACUUACAGUGGGUCUCUCUCGCUCUCACACAAACACACACACACACACACAUACACACUUGCCAUCUCAGUUAAUAUGGGGCUUUGUAAAUAAUGUAUACCUUUGUGUUUUUGAGGUCCCCCCUCCUAGUGAGUUUUGCUUUAAUUCUCCAGUUGAACAUGCCUUAACAUGCCAUAGGUCCUGAAUGGCGAACUGAUCAAAUGGAAUGAUGAGUACAAGUCGGACACCACUUUGAGAAAUGACAUCACGAGCGCUAUUGUGCGUUUCUUCAGAACAGAGCGACAUGCUUUUCUUGACCUUGAUAGUGUAUAUUUGUCCUUUUGUUUGGCUGCUGGUUGUUGUUUUUUUUUGUUUCUCAGAUUUUCUUUCAUUAAAGAGUGGAUUUGUUGCAAAAUGACUGCAGCCGGUGCAGACUCAAUAAAAGGGUUGAAGUCUGUACUGUUUGGAGCUGAGCUGAAAAGGCCCAAAAGCAAAUAUCCUGAAUUUGGUGAAAUAGUGCAAUAUGGUAAAUUCAAUUUGACCUGUGGUACAUUGGAAACAGAUCAUUUGCUGCACUGCAAACCAAUAACCCCAAAGAAGAAAUGGGACUGCUUUAAAAUUUGAUCUGGUUGUCUGUAACUCUCAAUGAAAUCAAUGGAACUAAUUGGAAGAAUUAUGAGGGAAAUUAUCAGCUCAGUUCCAUUCGCUUAAAAUCUGCCUUUUUUGCACAAAAAGGCUAACAGCAUAAACUGAUAAAUAUUCUGAGGGGGAAACGAGCAACCGAAGGAUAUGUAAAUAGUUUUGUUUUCUGUUUGAAGAACAAAAUAAAUGCUAGUAGUGAGCAA